AUGGCGAACGGUCCAGUAGAAGAUGAGCUCCCCGAGGUCGAGCGCCCGCCCUCACCGCCGCCUCACACGACCUUCGCAUCACGCGGCCUUCAUGCACCGAACUUUGCACUCUUCCGACCUCGCGACAUGAGGAUCACCAACGCGAACGGGAUGACGCAUGUAGACUGGUCGUGCGAUGGGAAGAAGCUAGCUGCUGUGGGCGUAGACAAGCUUGUGCGAAUAUGGCAGCCGGAGAAGAGCAUGGACUCACGACAGAAUCAAAUAUUAUCGGGUGGACAUACAGAGGAGAUUGACUACUGCUCGUGGAAUCCCACGCACCCCGAAUUGCUUUGUACUGCCUCUGGAAGGGAUCGGCGUAUAGUCUUUUGGGAUGCGCGGCAAACGCGGCCAACCCAGACGCUGUCUCUGAAGUUCGCCCCGGCAAGAACAAGUUAUUCCCCCGACGGUCGCGUGCUACUCGUAGUGGGUACCAACAACACCGUCUACAUCUUUGGCCUCCGGAAGAAUGACGACGGGAAGGAGGCAUGGGCUCCCUACUUUGAUGAAGGGAAGCAGCCCUCCAAUUUGUUUGGCUCAACAGCCAUCUUCAAUCACGCGGGAGACGGCAUCAUCUUGACGCACAACAAUCAACAUACCAUUCGCGUCUACGACUUCCCGGCCCUGAAGGCUUUAGAGAACGCUGCGGCGCAUGUUUCUGGCUGUAGCGCUGCAGCUUUGGAUCCAAGAGGGCAUUAUUUGGUCUCCGGCGGCAACGACUCCAUUGUGAACUUCUUCGAUACGUCCGAGUGGAUAUGCACAAGGACGAUUGCGUCCUGCGACCACUCGGUGACCUGCGUCAGCUUCUCAUUCGAUGGCGAGUUCAUCGCCAUUGCAAGUCAAGGGUCAUUCAUCGACAUUUGCGCAACAGAAACUGGCGCAUUGCUUCACCGUGUGCCAACCCUAGCACAUUCGCCAACCGUCUGCUGGCAUCCAUCUAAGUACCAAUUCGCGUUCUGCGGUCAGACAAAAACGCCGCCUAUGGCCGUCGUGAGCCUAUUUGGACUAGGGGUCUGA